GCCUUUUCUCAAAUGAUUGCCAUGGAUUAACAAUCGAUCCCCUACGACCUCACUGUACAAAAGCGCCGCGGUCCCCCUCCUAAACUCUAUUCCUUCUCCUCAUAUCCACCUCCAUCACAUACAUCUCACUCUUGGAACAAGCAAACCAUCCUCUCCAGUCUCCUUACUUACUUCCGCAGCAUCAGCUUUGAAACGAUCACCCACUGCAAAUAUGCCGCCCAAGACAUCUGACAGCUCACAAUCAAAGUCCCAGAUCACCGGCACCGACGCGGCAGCCAAAGACGCGGGCUACGAUAGCUUCAAGGCUUUCCUCUUAGCGUAUGGUUUGAGUAUUGAUAACUACGAAGAUGUGCAGGAGGGUAGGGCUAUCUUGCGGGGCAUGGGGUAUGGUGUGUAG